CGAGGCCUCUUAGCAUGGGACGCGGCCGGGUGCAAAUGGGAGCGGGCUCGUCCUCGCCAACCCAACAGAGGCGGGGACGCGCUCAGGAGCUCAUCACUGUUGCAGUUGGCUCCUAAAAGAAGAUGGAAGAGAUCCUGGCUGAUCUGUGUGGUACCAGUCCGGAAGACCCACUUCCUGUGUGGAUCCAUGGUAGUGUUGGUCACUGCUUUAACCAGCUGAUUUUGAAUGUUGUCCCUCAUGUGAUCCUUGCAUUAGUAAGUGCCUGCUACCUCGGCACUCCAAGAUCUGUCCCAGGGGCUUCCCACAGACCUGGCUGGAAAUGCAGAAUCACUGCCUCCUUCAUGCUCACCGUCCUGCCCAUCCUUGGUAUAAUCUCAGCAGCCAUCUCUCAACAGGAGUUGGGCACCCUGUACCUGACAGUGAUGACAAAUGGCAUUGCCAUGCUGGCAUGGCUCACUCAUAGCCUGGCACUCCUCAUGCUUUAUAGGUCCACAUAUGGCUCUUCCCGUGGCCCUGCAGCCAUGGUGCUGCUAGCCCUCUUCCCUAUCCCUGCCCUUAUCAUCACACUAGUAUGGUGCUGCAAGAAUGGGUUGGCCGGGCCCUACCUCCAUGCUGCUCAUAUCUUCAGACUCUCCAUCCUCUGCCUGCAGUUGGCCACUCUACUUAUCUAUGUGAUUGGCUAUAUUACUCCUGUUGCCAGCAGGCAAGAUUUUUGCUCCAUCAAUGACUUGGGGCAGCAUGAACCUCUCAUCACAGAAUCAGGGAUCCCAGUGUCUACCUGGCAGGGAGUGGCAGAAGAUGGUGAAAGCUGGCUCUCACGCUUCUCUUAUACUUGGAUGAACCCUCUUAUGAAACGUGGUUACCAGUGUAUGCUGAAUCGGCCACAGGAUAUCUAUCUGCUACCUCGACGUCUCCAGGCUGCCAGGGUCCGUGACCACUUCUAUUCGUGUUGGCAGGAAAAAGCAGCUCUCAGCCGAAAGGAGGAAGAUGCAAUGUCUUCCACUAGCCCAAUUAUCACCAGAAGUGAUGGGACUGGGUAUGCCUUCCCCUCUUCAAAGAGCCCUUGUGACACCCAGCAGGCUGUGCAACUCCUCUCAGUACUUCAUGCAGCCUUUGGGCUCCGCUACUACUCCCUAGGGCUCCUCAAACUGGCUGGUAGCCUGUUGGGCUUCUCAGGUCCCCUGCUCCUGAACCUACUUGUUGGCUUCAUGGAGUCACACCAGGAGCCUCUGAGCCAUGGGGUGCUGUACGCCCUCGGCCUCUUUGCUGGUUCCUUUCUGGGUGCUCUCUUGCGGAACCAAUUCAACUAUGAGGUGAACAAGGUGAUGCUGACAGUACGUGCAGCAGUCAUCUCUGCCAUUUAUCGCAAGGCCCUGCGGGUUAGUGGCAGCAGUCUGGCUGACUUCACGAUGGGUGAGAUUGUCAAUUUUAUGAGCACAGACACUGAUCGGCUAGUCAACUUCUGUGUCAGUUUCCAUGAGGUAUGGAGUCUCCCUGUGCAGUUUGCCAUCACCCUCUUCCUGCUCUACCAGCAGGUGGGGGUGGCCUUCCUGGGAGGCCUGGCCCUGGCCCUGCUGCUUGUGCCAGUGAACAAGGUCAUAGCAAACCGUAUCAUGGAGAACAACAAGGAGAUGCUGAAGUACAAAGACACACGAGUUAAGCUAAUGACAGAGUUCCUCUGUGGCAUAAGAGUGAUCAAGUUUUACACCUGGGAGCAGCACUUUGGUGCCCGGAUAAAUGCCUGCCGAGCCAAGGAGCUACAGAAGCUGCGAGCCAUCAAGUAUCUGGAUGCCGUGUGUGUGUACUUGUGGGCAGCAUUGCCAGUAGUCGUCUCCAUUGUCAUCUUCAUCACCUAUGUACUGCUGGGGCACCAGCUCACUGCCACCAAGGUGUUUACAGCCUUGGCGCUUGUUGGGAUGCUGAUUUUUCCCCUCAAUAACUUCCCGUGGGUGUUGAAUGGAGUCUUGGAUGCCAAAGUGUCUCUGGAUCGCAUCCAGCGUUUCCUUGAACUCUCUGACCAGAACCUGCAGGCUUAUUACACCAUAGAUGGCCCCACAGACCCAUCCUCUGCACUGGAAAUGCAUCAGUCUGCCUUCUCCUGGUCAUCGGCAAAGGAGGAGAGCACCAGGCAGCAUCUGGCCAGAGGGUCUCUACAGAUCUUCAUUCAGGACCUGGCAGUGGCAAAGGGGGUGCUGGUGGGAGUUGUUGGGAAGGUUGGCUGUGGGAAAAGCUCUCUGCUUGCAGCAAUUACUGGAGAACUCAACAGACUUGGCGGACAAGUGUAUGUCUGGGAUCUGGAGCAAGGAUUCGGCCUGGCCACCCAGGAGCCCUGGAUCCAGUUUACUACUGUCCGUGAGAACAUCCUCUUUGGAAGGGACUAUGAUGCCAGGCUCUACCAGGAGGUGCUUGAGGCUUGUGCACUUUCUGAUGAUCUGAACAUCUUACCAGCAGGUGACCAGACAGAGGUGGGUGAGAAUGGAGUGACACUCAGUGGGGGACAGAAGGCUCGAAUCGCCCUCGCUAGAGCGGCUUAUCAGGAAAAGGAGAUUUAUCUGCUUGAUGAUCCACUGGCAGCUGUUGAUGCUGAUGUAGCCAAUCAUCUUAUGCAAAAAUGCAUCCUGGGAUUUCUCAAACACAAGACCAGAAUCCUUUGCACACACAGGACAGAGUUUUUAGAGAAUGCUGACACCUUGCUGCUCAUGGACAAUGGCAGAAUAGUCAAGAUAGGGACCCCAUCUGAAAUCCUGCCACUAGUGGAAGCCACCCCAAAAGUCAACGAGGAGAAUAAAAGGAGGCAGAAUAAAGUCUCUUCUGAGCAAGGCCAGGAGGAGGAUAUGGAAAUACAGACAGAGGAACUGGGCCAAGCUAACUGCCUCCUCCAGCGGGAGGAAGAAAAAAAAAAGGGGGCAGUGGCUUUCCAGGUGUAUAGGGCAUAUUGGCUGGCAGUGGGCAGUUGCCUAGCAUUGUCCAUCCUCUUCUCCCUAUUUCUGAUGCAAGCAUCCGGGAAUGUCUCAGUUUGGUGGCUGUCACACUGGAUUUCCAACCUGCCUCAGACAGCAAACAUCUCCACGAGGCCCCUGUCAGCUUCUUUCCCUUCCCCACAGCUGCUGCUCUUCUCCCUUGCAGGGCUCAUCUCCCGCAUCCAGGUGUUGGGCACAGCUCCAAUCUAUCCCAAUAGCACACUGGAUGUGAACUUCUACCUGACGGUGUAUGGUGGCAUAGCUGGAGCCAACUCAUUCUUCACCCUCCUGCGGGCCUUCCUCUUUGCUUAUGGCACCAUCCGCGCUGCCACUGUCAUUCACAGCCGGCUGCUCCAAAGAGUGAUGAAGGCCAUAGUGACCUUUUUUGACGUUACGCCGACGGCCCGGGUCCUGAACCGCCUCUCUUCUGACCUAUCCUUGCCCUUCAUCCUCAACAUUUUUCUGGCCAAUGUCUUUGGGCUGCUAGGCAUGCUGGUGAUGAUAACCUAUGGGCUGCCCUGGAUUGGCCUGAUUUUGUUGCCAUUGGCUGCCCUCUACUUUUCCAUCCAGCGCUAUUAUCGGCGCACCUCCCGUGAGCUCAAGCGCCUCUACAGCCUCACCCUGUCCCCCAUCUACACCCACUUCUCAGAGACACUGACUGGGCUGAGCACCAUCCGAGCCACCCGGGCCACAGAGAGAUUUGAGGCAGAGAAUCAGCUACGAUUGGAGCAGAACCAGCGUUGCCUCUUUGCCAGUAACACUGCCAUGCAGUGGCUGGACAUCCGCCUGCAGAUGAUCGGAGUUGCUGUGGUUACGGCUAUAGCAGGAAUCGCCAUCAUCCAGCACCAGAGGCAACUGGGAAACCCAGGUCUUGUGGGCCUGGCCCUCUCGUAUGCCCUGUCUGUCACAAACUUGCUGUCCAGCCUCAUCUCCAGUUUCACGCAGACAGAGACCAUGAUGGUGAGUGUCGAGCGAGCAGAGGAGUACUCCACCGAUAUCCCCAUAGAGCCCCAGGAGCAACUGAUCCAGGUUGCCCCUGACUGGCCGAGCCAGGGCCUUGUGGAGUUCCAGCAGGUGGUUCUGGUAUAUCGGCCAGGACUGCCCAAUGCUCUGGAUGGGGUGACCUUCACCAUAUACCCGGGAGAGAAAGUGGGGAUUGUGGGACGCACUGGAUCCGGCAAAUCCACCAUCUUCUUGGCACUCUUCCGCAUGGUGGAGCUGAGAGGGGGACACAUCCUCCUGGACAAUGUUGACAGCCGGCUGGUGGGCCUGGAGAGUCUGAGAUCCAAACUGGCCAUAAUCCCCCAGGACCCAUUUCUGUUUAGUGGGACAAUCCGGGAGAACUUGGACCCUCUGGGGCAACAUACAGACUCUGACCUGUACCAGGUGCUGGAGCAGUGCCACCUACAGGAGGUGAUUGCUCAGAUGGGUGAGUCCAAUGCCAGUCUUGUGGGCCUGGCCCUCUCGUAUGCCCUGUCUGUCACAAACUUGCUGUCCAGCCUCAUCUCCAGUUUCACGCAGACAGAGACCAUGAUGGUGAGUGUCGAGCGAGCAGAGGAGUACUCCACCGAUAUCCCCAUAGAGCCCCAGGAGCAACUGAUCCAGGUUGCCCCUGACUGGCCGAGCCAGGGCCUUGUGGAGUUCCAGCAGGUGGUUCUGGUAUAUCGGCCAGGACUGCCCAAUGCUCUGGAUGGGGUGACCUUCACCAUAUACCCGGGAGAGAAAGUGGGGAUUGUGGGACGCACUGGAUCCGGCAAAUCCACCAUCUUCUUGGCACUCUUCCGCAUGGUGGAGCUGAGAGGGGGACACAUCCUCCUGGACAAUGUUGACAGCCGGCUGGUGGGCCUGGAGAGUCUGAGAUCCAAACUGGCCAUAAUCCCCCAGGACCCAUUUCUGUUUAGUGGGACAAUCCGGGAGAACUUGGACCCUCUGGGGCAACAUACAGACUCUGACCUGUACCAGGUGCUGGAGCAGUGCCACCUACAGGAGGUGAUUGCUCAGAUGGGUGGACUGGACUGUGAGCUGGGGGAGAGAGGAAAGAGUCUGUCAGUGGGACAGAGGCAGCUCAUGUGUCUUGCAAGAGCCCUCCUGACCCAGGCCAAGGUGCUGUGCAUCGAUGAGGCUACAGCCAGUGUGGAUCAGAAGACCGAUCAGCUGCUACAGCAGACCAUCCGCCAGCGUUUUACUGACAAGACUGUGCUCACAAUUGCUCACAGGCUGAAUACCAUCCUGGAUUCGGACCGUGUGCUAGUGAUGCAUGCAGGGAAGGUGGCAGAGCUGGAUUCACCUGCUGCCCUUAGCAAGAGGGAAGAUUCCUUGUUUCAGCGACUCUUGACCAGUGGGCAGCAAUGACUUCCCUGUGCAGAGAAAGCAACCAGUAACCAGCACCUCCUCGCUGCACAUCUGCAAAUCUCUUAUGUGCUGGACCUCACAGGCUGGUGAGUGCAGGCACCCACUUCCUGCCAGGCCUAGAGCUGCCAUAUGGGAUGCAGUAGCCUGCACAAAGGACAGCAGAGGGUGACACUGGCUCUUGGCUCAGAAUUCUGCUCAGAGUGGACCAUAUUUCAAGUGGGAAGUCAUAGGAGGAUGAGGCGCUGUUUCCUGAGCAAUGAUGGAGCGAGACCAAGACUUACUAGUCUGCAUCAAGAGUCCUAAGAUGGGGAAACAUGUUUCUAGCUUGUGGCAGCACCCCCUUUGGUGUAAUGAGGGUUUAGUCUCUACUGUCAGGUAAAUCGGUGGCUCCUAGUCAAAGACACGUGAUUCUACAAUAAAGGGCAAAUGUUUUUCUUAA